CUGCAAUUCAAUUCAUCCCCACUUCAACCCUCAUUCCGUUUCUUUCCCUCUUUUUCAAGUCUACCAAUGGAGAAGCCGCGGCAGCAACAGUCAUCACCAGAGCUCCCACCUCCGACGGAGCCGAACCCGGGUCAAAAUCCUGGCGAAGAAGCUCAGCGUACAAAGGUCGUACUAUGCGUAGAAUGCAAAAAUACGGCGGCGAAAUACAAAUGCCCCGGCUGCUCUCUACAGACCUGCAGCCUCCCUUGCGUCAAAUCACACAAGCACCGGACUGGCUGCUCCGGCAAACGCGACGUCGCCCCUUUCGUUCCCAUGUCCCAGUUCGACGAUGAAACCCUUGUCUCUGAUUAUAACUUUCUCGAGGAAGCGAAGAGAGUGGUUGAUUCAGGUCCAAGGAUGAGAGCUCAAUUACGUGCUUACUCUCAAUUUCGGUUGCCCUUUCACCUUCAAAGCCUUAAGCGUGCUGCCUCAAGUCGCAGAACAACGCUCCUUCUUCUCCCCAGUGGAAUGUCAAGAAGGGAGAAGAACAAAACUCGCUAUGACCAGAGGAAGAAGUCGAUCUUCUGGACCAUAGAAUGGAGGUUUUACUUAACUGGAGUUGUUUUGUUUGACCAUGGAGUAAAUGAAAACACUUCAGUUUGCUCUGAGAUUGAGAAGCAUCUGAAGCCAGGACCAUGGAAGCAUAAGUUAAAGCAGUUCUCUGAAGUGGGUUUGGAGUCUCUCAAGUGCUUCAUACGUAAAUAUCCAAAGGGGAAAUCGCCUUUUCGGGAGUUGGACAUAAAGGCCCCUUUAAAGCAGCAGCUAGGGAAUCUAAGUGUGUUGGAGCACCCUGUCAUCUAUGUUCUUCUCCCUUCUCAAAGUUAUGAUUUUGAAGUCGUAAAAGACUUCAUUCCAAUGGCUCGUAGGCAGGAAGCUAAGACUUGUGUGAGUAAUGGUGAUCAACUGAUGAUCCCCAAAGGUGUUGCAUUCCGCGAGGAAGAAAUCAUCGAAGAAGAAAUAGAAAAUGGUCCUUCAGCAGGUACUCAGGUUUGUGAUCUUCCUGCAAAGAGCAAUAAUCCUCAGAAAGCCACGGAAAAUACAGCUGAGGAGGAUUCGUUGUUGGCAACCGAUUCACAUUCUUGCUUAAAGGACACGCGACCUGGAAUAUUUGAUGAUAUGGAUUUCGAUUUUGACCAGAGCCUGAUAGAUAAGUAUUCAGAUAUAGUUGCAGAGAUCAAUACGGAUGACUUUCUUGAUUUUGAAGGUGAUUUGUCCAUGGAUAUGGGAGGUGGGUUCAAUAUGAUCUCUGAAGAGUUAGAAGAAGGGGAAAUUGCUGAUUAAGGGGAGAUCCUGAAUUGGACCACCAGAACACCAUCAUAGUCCUAACACGAACUUGUGAUCGGUACUAGACUCAGGUCACUCUUGAUGCUGGUAAGAGAUCGAGUGAUGGUCACCAUGGGCCACGGAUGAGGGGCUUAAUUUGACACAAUGUUGGUUUUUGUUCUUUGUCGACUUCAUUUGGCUGUGUCCAACUUCCAUGGUCGUGGCCUUCCUCUCUCGUGAUUCUGCUGCUUGCAUCAGCCAUGUGAUGAUCCGGGAAAGAACGUGGAUGUUGUAGGUUGAGUGAGUGGUGAUUGUAUCCAUGCCGUUCUUCCGAAGAAUGCGUUACGAGUGUCGACUACGCUUAUUGUCCCACUCAGCAUAAUGAUUUCGGGGAUAGGGGCCAUCAACACCCUACACGUUUGCGUCCUCUUCCUGCUAAACUACUCAGUUGAGUUCUUCGGCACAGACCAUGGGUUCUGGUACUAGUUCUUCUACAGGGUCCUCGACUGACCAUGACCAUGACUCCGGUUGUUCAGCAAGACAGCGACAGGUGGUUCACCCGCAGGUUCCUCUUUGUCGGUCACAAAGGGCCACUCUUGGCCAGCCUCCACUACGAAUGAAUGACUAUGUUGGCCUUUCUGCAGAAUCCAUUGUCAUUCCCAAAUCCCAAUACUUAUGUAGAGUGAUCCUACCUGGGAGAUGGCUAUGAGCGAGGAGAAAAGUGCAUUGGAUGCAAACCACACAUAGAAUCUCGUGCCUCGAGAUUCUGAGAUGUCCGUUAUUGAGAGCAUGUGGGUGUACACGAUUGAAAUGCAACCAGAUGGUACACUAGAAAGGUAUAAAGCUUAGAGUAAGGUUUUUCGAUAGGAGUGUAUGAGAUUGAUUAUGAGGAAACCUUCGCUUUCGUUGUGAAGAUGCAGACUGUACGGUGUGUGAUGGUAGUUGCGGCUAUGAAGGUCUGGUCUCUACGUCAACUGGAUGUGAAUAAUACUUUUCUUGUUGGUGACCGUAAGGAAACGAUUUACUUGGAAUGACCAUCGGGCUAUGAGAAGGGUGCCCAACUAUAGUGUGUCGACUGGUGAAGUCGUUGUAUGGGUUGAAGCAAGCUCCUAGGGCAUGGUUUGAGAAAUUUCUUGGGACGAUCCUACAGGUAGGGUUCGUGCAGACCCAAAAUGACCGAUCUAUAUUUGAUCGGUCUACUAUGAAUGAAAUUGUGAUCUUACUAAUCUAUAUCGAUGACAUGAUUGUUACUGGUAGUGAUUCGAAUGGAGUUCAUGAGAUUAUCGAGGCUCUGCGACGGUUCUUCAACUUACAAGAUCUAGCAGAGUUUCAUACUUUCUCGGCUCAGAGGCACAUAGAUCGAUGUCUGGUUUGUUUGUAUCUCAAAGAAAGUAUAUAUUGGAUUUGAUGAAAUCCUCACAGUUGAGAACUGCACUCCGUGUUCUACACAUAUGGAGCAGAACUUGAAGCUGUGUCAGGAUAGUGGAGACUUACUGGAAGAUCAAUCGCUUUUAUAGGGAGCUUGGUGGGUAGUUUGAUCUAUCUUACACACAGAGACCAUACAUUUCUUAUACGGUUCAGGUGGUUACUGGUUAGUCAAUACUUGAGAACAUCCCGCAUGAUAUAUAUAGCAGAGGUACACAAACUGUUGCAAUGCUUGAAAGAAACGCAAGAGUUGGGGUUAUUCUAUUGUUCCCAAGGAGAACCGAUAAUUGAAGCAUUCGGAGAUGCCGAUUAUGCAGGAUGUAAGGAUACACAGGAAGUCGACGUCUAGGUGGUGUAAAAGAGUUGAUCAGUCCUUUAUAUCAUAGAGGUGCAAGAACUAGGAGAGAGUUUUGAAGUCCUCCACUAAAGCGAAGUACCGCUUGAUGUGAGAGGCCAACUCCGAGUUGGUUUGGUUAUGUCGGUGAGUUGGACUUCAAAUGUCGUGUGCCGAUGCAUGUGUAUGAGGAUAAUACUAGUACGAUACAGAUCACACUCAAUCUAGUUUUGCAUGAUUAGAUGAAACAUAUCGAGGUUGACGUUCAUUAUAUCAGGCAGCUAGUGGCUGAAGGAGUUUCCAGGUUGGCUAUCUUUCUAAUGAGGGAUCAGACGGCUAAUGUAAUAACCAAGAUGGUGACAUCCAGUAGACAUUGAUACGUAUAAUCCAAAUUGAUGUAUAAUCCAAAUUGAUGUUAUGC